GGGCGGAGUCGGGUCGCUACUUGUCCCGGGGUCCUCCCGACACGCCGCGGGGCCUGGAGGGCCUAGCGGGUCGGCCUUGGGCCCGGUAGCGGCGGCGGAGCCUGGCGCCGAGCGGGGGGCCUUCUCGAGGCCCCGGGACGGGUCUGGGGUGCCGGGGGGCAUGGACCGGGCGUCUCCGAGAGGACUAGGGGCGUCCACAGGACCUGGACCGAGACUGAAGCCUGCCCUCCGUCAUAUAGCUGGCUUGGGUCAUUUCUGUAGGCACUGUUGAAUGUCUUUAUAGGCUGACCCGAGGCUAGAGUCUGUUUGGAGGAUUCUGGGGCCAUCUUGAGAUCUUGAGAUAUGUCCCAGGGGUGAAGGAGGUCUGCAGGAGCUGGGGAGUAUCUGCAGAGCCACCUAUGGCUGGGGUAUAUCUCCUAGGGCUGAGCAGUGUGUACGUGGGCUGACCUGAGAAUGCAGCUCACCUACAUGGGUCUAGGGCCAUUUAGCCAGGCCAUGGAAGAACAGUUCCAGCGCAAGGAAGUCUUUUAUAGCCAUUCAGAGGAGUGGGAAGUACCCACUAAGGGAAGGAAGCAAAUACUGAGAUGUGCUGGGAGGCUUGGAUGGGUCUCCAACUGUCUGGGGAGUGUCUAAUCUGGGUGACAGGAGACUGGGGACAGUUAGAAGGACCUGGAACCAUCUAGGUGGCUUUGAGUGUGACUGCAAGAGUGCAGGCUCUAUGCCUGGAGCAAAUUCGAAUGCCUUUGGGGGCCAGAUAAUCGGCCCGGAGAGUAAGACAAAGGAACGUAUUGGAAAUUUUGCCCAGCUCAAAUAUACUUGCCCUUUAGAAAGUAAUUCAAAUGCAAAAUGAUAAAAAAUUCGGGGUGGCCUUGGGGCUACAGAGAGAGUUAGUCCACCUUGGUCUGGGAAAGUCUAGAGGAUCAUCUAGACUUCGUCUCACGCCAGUGCUUUUGAAAUGCUUUUGACCUUGAUCCACAGUGAGAAAUGCAUUUGUACACUGAGACCCAACAUACACUGUCCUACGUGUUUAACUAAUACUCCAAUCCUGUUAAUUACUGUUUCCACUUACUUGGGAUGUGUUGCGAAGCAUCUUCUACUGUGUUCAAUUUGCCUUUAUAACAAGCUAUUCGUGAAGCACUCAACUGCUAUCACACUGUAGUUUGGGAACCUGAUCCAGAGGGACCUGGCAGGGUCUGCCGAGCCUUCUUGGGUCAAAGAGACACACCCUCUGCAAAGCAUGGGGCUCGUCUAAAUGCUCCAGGGGGGAUCUUCCUACCCAGGAGGUUUUGGAGAUCUGUGGGUCUGUACUCAGCACAUCUUGAUUAAGCUUCUGUGAUGUGACAGACACAGUUCUCUGAAGCAUGUGCUGCUUCCCACCCCCUACCCCCACCCCCACCCCAGAAGGCAGAGAGAGCAGCUCCGGGGCUGGGAACUGUCCAGAGGGCCUCUUCAGGGUGGGUUAUGUCUGUGGCGGUUAGGGAAGGAGCUGCAGGCUCUUAAGAGAGCUGGGCGGCUGCAGGGGAAAGCUUUGCCAUCAGCUUGCAAAUCUCUGGUAGGAGGGAGGCCAGGACUGAGGUCUUUUUUUUUUCUUUGGUGGGGGCAGGUGUGCCCCCUAGGGGUGUGGGGAGCCAAGUGGGGAAAACCUGGGCACGAAAGCCUCAUAGUAAUAGUUACCUGGUCAGAGGUCAGCCCUGCUUUCAUGUCACACAGCCUUUCUCGGAGUUAGCUGCUCCUAUUGUGCCUGCUUCUAGAUAAGCACCUCGAGCUGGGGGUUAGGGAUUUUGAAGCUUGCUGGGGGGACCAGAUGAUUGUUUUCAGAGGAGGAGAACUGACGGCUGCGGGGAAGCCUACAGCCCAAAUAAUCGCAUUUCCUGAAGCCCCCAUCAAGACCCCCAUCAGUCUGAAUGAUCUUUCAGCUUCCCUGUCAGCCAAGAAUUUCGGUGCCAUCACAAAGCCUUCAGCCACGCUGAAGGUCACAGGAGGACACUCCCUUUGGCAUCUGGUGGACAACAAACACUUCUGAAAUCCGUGUUUUCGUUUUCAAAGCGGCACGCUGAUUUUGUAGAUCAGCCUCCUGUAGCACCAGCGUAGGUUCUGUGUUAUCCGGACGUUUGGUUGGGGUCCCGCCAUUGAGGAAAAUCGAUGCUUUAGCAAGUUGGAAGUUGCGUGGUGUUUGAGGCGCCCCCAGCACAUGGGCACACAUCUCAGUUUGGGAAAGGUGACCAUGGAGGAGGAAGAUGAGUCUCGAGGGAAGACAGAGGAGUCAGGCGAGGAUCGGGCUGACGGUCCGCCAGACAGAGACCCUGCACUUUCUCCUUCUGCGUUUAUCUUGCGGGCCAUUCAGCAGGCUGUGGGAAGUUCCCUGCAGGGGGAUCUGCCAAAUGAUAAAGAUGGCUCUCGGUGUCAUGGCCUUCGAUGGAGGCGCUGCCGGAGCCCACGGUCAGAGCCCCGUUCCCAGGAAUCAGGGGGGACUGACACGGCUACUGUCUUGGAUGUGGCUGCGGACGGCCUCCUCGCGGGGCUGGUGAGUGUCCUGGAUCCCCCCGAUACCUGGGUGCCCAGCCACCUGGACCUGCGGCCUGGCGAAAGUGAGGACAUGCUGGAGUUGGUGGCCGAGGUCCGAAUUGGGGACAGGGAUCCAAUCCCUCUUCCUGUGCCCAGCCUGCUGCCCCGUCCCAGGGCCUGGAGGACAGGCAAAACGGUGUCUCCGCAGUCUCACUCUUCUCGACCCUCCUGUGCCCGCCACCUCCUCACCUUGGGCACCGGAGACGGGGGCCCUGCCCCGCCCCCCGCUCCCUCCUCGGCCUCCUCCUCCCCCUCCCCUUCCCCCUCGUCCUCCUCCCCUUCCCCGCCUCCCCCUCCACCACCCCCGGCGCCCCCGGCCCCCCCGGCACCCCGGUUUGAUAUCUAUGACCCCUUCCACCCCACCGACGAGGCCUAUUCCCCACCGCCUGCUCCGGAGCAAAAGUACGACCCCUUCGAGCCCACUGGCUCCAACCCCAGCUCAUCAGCGGGGACCCCCUCGCCUGAAGAGGAGGAGGACGAGGAGGAAGAAGAGGAGGAGGAAGAGGAGGAGGAGGAGGAAGGCCUGUCCCAGAGCAUCAGCCGCAUCUCAGAGACCCUGGCGGGCAUCUACGACGACAACAGCCUGAGCCAGGACUUCCCAGGUGACGAGAGCCCCGGCCGGGACCCCCAGCCCCUGCAGCCGCUUCCGGUCCCGGGAACACCGCCGCAGGCCGACUCCACCCGGGCCGACGGAGCCACGCGGCGGCGCGUCUUCGUGGUGGGGCCCGAGGCCGAGGCCUGCCGGGAAGGCAAGGUCUCGGUGGAGGUGGUGACCGCCGGUGGGGCCGCCCUCGCGCCGGCCCUGCUGCCGCCUGGGGACUCAGAGAUUGAGGAGGGCGAGAUCGUGCAGCCCGAGGAGGAGCCCAGGAUGGCGCUCUCGCUCUUCCGGGCCGGCAGCCGCGCCGCGCGCCCCGCUCCCGCGGCCCCGGCCCCUGCUGCGGCCCAGCCGCCGCCGCCGCCGCCGCCGCCCCCGCCCGCCCCGCGGGCCCCCGAGGGCGACGACUUCCUGUCCCUGCACGCCGAGUCCGACGGCGAGGGCGCCCUGCAGGUGGACCUGGGGGAGCCGGCGCCCCCCCCGCCCGCGGCCGACACACGCUGGGGCAGCCUGGACCUGCGCCGCAAGAUCCUGACCCAGCGGCGGGAGCGCUACCGCCAGCGCUCGCCCUCCCCGGCCCCCAACGCCGCCAACGCCGCCCCCGCCGGCCCGCCCACCCGCAAGAAGUCCCGGCGGGAGCGCAAGCGGAGCGGCGGCGGCGGCGAGGCCAAGGAGGCCGCCUCGUCCUCCGCCGGCGCGCAGCCCGCCCCGCCGGCCGCCGCCGCCCCCUGGGACUCCAAGAAACACCGCUCGCGGGACCGCAAGCCCAGCUCCCACACGUCGUCGUCCGCCCGCCGCCGCUCCCGCUCCCGCUCUGCCCGCCGCCGCUCCCGCAGCACCGACCGGCGCCGCGGGGGUAGCCGCAGAUCGCGAUCCCGGGAGAAGCGGCGGCGGCGGCGGCGCUCCGCCUCCCCGCCCCCGGCCACCUCGUCGUCGUCGUCCUCCAGGCGCGAGCGGCACCGCGGCAAGCACAGGGAUGGCGGCGGCAGCAAGAAGAAGAAGAAGCGGUCGCGGUCCCGCGGCGAGAAGCGGUCCGGGGACGGCGAGAAGGCCCCUGCCCCGGCCCAGCCGCCCUCCGGCUCCACCUCCUUGGGCGGGGAGCGCGACAGCCGCCGCCGGGGAGCCGUGCCGCCCUCCAUCCAGGACCUCACGGACCACGACCUCUUCGCCAUCAAGCGGACCAUCACCGUGGGCCGGCCGGACAAGCCCGACCCGCGAGGCGUCUCCCCGGCCCCGGCCUCGUCACCCAAGCGCGAGGUCCUGUACGACUCGGAGGGGCUGAGCGCCGAGGAGCGGGGCGGCAAGGGCAGCGAGAAGGACCGGCGCCGCUCCGGGGCCGCCUCCUCCUCCUCUUCGUCCCGGGAGAAGGGAUCUCGGCGGAAGGCGCUGGACGGGGGGGAGCGGGACAGGGACAGAGAGAGGGACAGGGACAGGUCAUCCAAGAAAGCUCGGCCCCCCAAGGACUUGGCGCCCUCAUCAGGGCCCCAGCCAAAGCCGGCGGUCAGCAGUGGCUCCGGCUCCUCGUCCUCGUCCUCGUCCUCCUCCUCCCGGAAGGUGAAGCUCCAGUCCAAGGUGGCGGUGCUGAUCCGCGAGGGGGUCAGCAGCACCACGCCGGCCAAGGAGGCCGCGUCUGCCGGCCUGGGCUCCAUCGGAGUCAAGUUCAGCCGAGACCGAGAGAGCCGCUCCCCCUUUCUCAAGCCGGACGAGCGGGCCCCUGCUGAGGUGGCCAAAACAGCUCAGGGCAGCACCAAGCCCAAAAAGACCAAGGUCAAGGCCAAGGCUGGGGCCAAGAAAGCCAAGGGGACCAAGGGGAAGACCAAGCCAUCCAAAACCAGGAAGAAGAUCCGCAGCGGGGGCAGCAGCGGCGGCAGCAGCGGCCCGGUGACGCUGAAGAAGUCCAAGGCGGAUAGCUGCAGCCAGGCAGCUGGAGCCAAGGGGGCCGAGGAGACCUCCUGGUCCGGGGAGGAGCGGGUGGCCAAGGCCCCUAGCACCCCGCCCCCCAAGGCAGCCCCUCCACCCCCUGCGCUCACGCCGGACUCGCAGACUGUGGACAGCAGCUGCAAGACACCCGAGGUCUCCUUCCUGCCAGAAGAGGCCACCGAGGAGGCUGGGGUCCGAGGUGGGGCGGAGGAGGAGGAGGAGGAAGAGGAGGAGGAGGAGGAGGAGGAGGAGGAGCAGCAGCCGGCCACCACCACAGCCACCAGCACAGCUGCCGCCGCUCCGAGCACCGCCCCUAGUGCGGGGUCCACCGCGGGUGACUCGGGGGCAGAGGAUGGGCCAGCUCCCCGUGUCUCCCAGCUGCCCACACUGCCCCCACCCAUGCCCUGGAACCUGCCCGCUGGUGUGGACUGCACUACCAGUGGCGUCCUGGCCUUGACUGCACUUCUCUUCAAGAUGGAAGAAGCCAACCUGGCAAGCCGAGCAAAGGCCCAGGAGCUGAUCCAGGCCACCAACCAGAUCCUCAGCCACAGGAAGCCGCCCUCAAGUCUGGGGGUGACGCCGGCUCCUGUACCCACGUCUCUGGGUCUGCCCCCUGGCCCCUCCAGCUACCUGCUCCCUGGCAGCCUCCCCCUGGGGGGCUGUGGCUCUACCCCUCCCACCCCCACCGGCCUGGCUGCAGCGGCUGACAAGAGAGAGGGCAGCAGCAGCUCCGAGGGACGUGGGGACACAGACAAGUACCUGAAGAAGCUGCACACACAGGAGCGGGCGGUGGAGGAGGUGAAGCUGGCCAUCAAGCCGUAUUACCAGAAGAAGGACAUCACCAAGGACGAGUACAAGGACAUCCUGAGGAAGGCUGUCCACAAGAUCUGCCACAGCAAAAGUGGGGAGAUCAACCCGGUGAAGGUGAGCAACCUGGUGCGCGCCUACGUCCAACGCUACCGCUACUUCCGCAAGCACGGCCGCAAGCCGGGGGACCCCCCGGGACCCCCACGGCCGCCCAAGGAGCCAGGGCCGCCUGACAAGGGCGGCCCGGGCCUGCCCCUGCCCCCUCUCUGAGACCCCAGCCGCCCCUUUCCGCCUUCCCCUCUUUGGAAUUCUGGACGUAUUUAUGGCUCCGCCUCCCCACUUCCCUCCCCCGUCAGUGGGAUGAUUUGGGGGGGGGUUGCUGCGGGAAAGAGGAGAGCCCCCUGCCCAGCCCCUUGCGUCUCCCGCAGCCCGGCCUGUCCCCAUCGCCCUGCCCUUCUGUUCGUGCCCCUCCCCCAAUUUCAUUAAAAUUUCAUGAAAUGUUA